AUGGUGAUGGAACCAAAUCUGCGCAGCAGUUUCUCUUCCUCCGAAGAAGAUUUCAUCAACAUGGAGGUACAAAACGCCGGCGCGGCGGCGACGCUUUUCAGCUACUCUCUUUGCCACCACCGCUCCAGCUCCGCCAAGGAAUUCGAGUUCCAGAGCUUCUCUAGCUCCUCCGCCUCCGCUUCCCCCGCCGACGAGCUCUUCUACAUGGGGAAACUCCUUCCCCUCCACCUUCCGCCGCGCCUCCAAAUCCUCGCCCAAAACGACGACCACGAGUUCUUCAGCACGCCGGCGGCCAACACUCCGUUCGAAUCCUGCAAUAUCUCGCCGUCCGCCUCCUGCCACGUCAGCGCCGAGCUGAAUCCGGCGGAUUAUUUCCUCGAUUAUCUCUCAGAUCUGCACGACGCCAAAUCCAGAUCUAAAAUCGGUAAAAAAUCCUCCGCCAGCGAAGGAGGAAUCGGAUCGAAGCUCAAUUGGCGGUAUAUAAAGUCUCUGUUCACCAAAUCCGCCGGUUGUUCGAGCGAGUACUCCGCCGCGGCCGCCGUCGCCGCCGCGAGCAGCAAAGUCCGGUCGGUUCCGAAGCCUGGUAAGCAAAGCGGUGGAAACGGCAAUUUCAGAAGCGAUACGACGCCGUUUGGUCAAAUUAGGUAUAAAAAGGAAAUCAACAACAACAACCACCACAAUGUUUCAGAGGAAAACGAAUUUCGCCGGAGAGGAAGCAAGGCGAAUCACCGGCGGUCGUUUUCCGGCGCCUUUAAGAGGCUAUCGAAGCCUAAAAACUGCUCCAUAUCCUCCUCUUCUCUGGUAAUUUCUUCGGCUCCUAAUUUGAAUUAUCGGCAGAUAUUAAUGAAGAGCUGCUCGGAGAUGGAGAAUCCGAUUCAGGCGGCGAUUGCACAUUGCAAGCGCUCUCAGAAGUCAUCAAUGGCGGCGAAUCGCGAUGAGUUGGGGCUCUUCUCUGUUUCGGCCGCCAUGUACGGCGGUUGUAACGAAAGAGCAGGCGUUUGUAGGGGAUGAGUGGGUGGAGAACUUGGAAGGUCCCUGGAGCACAGAUCCAGUGGGUAAGGUAUUUAUAUGACCGUAUACUCUGGAGUUGCUGAACCCUGGAGCUCCCUACUCUUCAGGCUGUACGGAGCUCCUGGGAUCAUGGAUCCGGGUGUACGAAUUUAAGUGGUAUGAUGUAAUCUAGCAUUAUGGAGUAUUUGUCUGUUGGACCUUACUGUAGUGGGUCCACCGCACCCCGGAGCUCCUCCUGGUCGAAUAUUUAUUUACUUAGCAUACAA